GUGGGACACACUCUCUGCGGCGGAAAGGGCAGAGCUUAUCUCAGUCGAGGACAGAGUUAAAUAGCCUAAACCACUCUCUUUGCUGGGUUCGGUUCCGGCAUCCUGGUUUCUGGGGCCUGAGUAUGGGGCAGGUGGGAUUCCCGCUGAAUCCCUGGUGGAGGGGCGGCGCGUCUGGGUGGACCCCCCCACCUCUGGUGACAGAAUCCAACAUCGAAGCCACACCCCUCCUAAGAAGUCGGACUCAGUCUCCGGCAGGUGGAGCAGGGUUGAGGCUUCAGCCUAUCACCACUGGAGGGUUGUCAGAGGGGCGGCGCUCCAGCCUCUGGCGGGCUCCCCUCAGGAUGGGUACAGGGGGGCGCACAAGGCAAGGGGCACAGCUGCGGCCUCCUAUACCCUAUUUCUUGUGCUCCCACCACGGCCUCCCUAGCACCUGGGGACUGAGUCUGUGAAGUCCGCUUCACCUUGGGCGUCUUCUGCUUCUUGGCGCGGAAGCCACUCAGGGAGUGGGGGGAGGGGGGCGCCACUGGGCCAUUCCUGCAUCUCCCCGACCUUGUCUGCCUCUCGCCCCCGGGGAGAUUAGUGUCCUGGUUACCCCACCAUGCUGCCGCCCCCAGUGGCCUUGCCGCCCCCACAGCCCGCAGCUAUAAGACCAGGUAAACGCAGCAGGGGAGACACCAAGGAUGGAGAUGCUCCAGGUAAGACCGCAGGGCCCCUGGGCCCCUUGCGACGACAUCCAGGCCACGGCUGGAAGGAAGAGGGAGAGUCCUGUGACCUGGCAAAGGAGGCCUCUUUCUAGAAGGGUGUGGAGAGCCAGCAAGCUUCCUGGCAGGAGGAGGGAAGCAGCUGGUGCAGGGCCUGAGGGUGGGUAUCUGAAGUGCUGGGGUAUCUGGGGUCCCUGGGUAUGGGGAUGGCAGAUUCUUGAAUGGAAGACGUCAGGGUCCCCGAACGUGUGUAUGCAGGGCUGGGGGGUGGGUGCUAAGGACUCGGGGCGGAGGGCUCAGGCUGGCCCUGAGGCACUGGCCUUGUCCCAGGGGCUGCUGCUGUUGCUGCUGCUGAGCGUGGCCGGGGUGUGGGCACCCAGGGGGCCACUGCGGCCGCUGUGCCGGCCCAUCAACGCCACCCUGGCCGCUGAGAACGAGGCCUGCCCUGUCUGCAUCACCUUCACCACCAGUAUCUGUGCCGGCUACUGCCCCAGCAUGGUUCGGGUGCUGCCGGCUGCCCUGCCGCCUGUGCCCCAGCCAGUGUGCACCUACCGCGAGCUGCGCUUUGCCUCCAUCCGGCUCCCCGGCUGCCCGCCUGGUGUGGACCCAAUGGUCUCCUUUCCCGUGGCCCUCAGCUGUCACUGCGGGCCCUGCCGCCUCAGCAGCUCUGACUGUGGGGGUCCCAGAGCCCAGCCCUUGGCCUGUGACCGCUCCCCUCGCCCAGGCCUCCUCUUCCUCUAAGGAUCCCCACCUCAACCUCCCAUGCCCACCUCAACCUCCCAUGCCCAC